UCGUUGUUUGUCACAUGUAGGAGACGACAAAUAAUUGUAUAAUUCUUAGUUUUCUUACAAAGGAAAUAAUCGAAUUGUACUCCUUGCGUUCUGCUAGGCUUUUAAAAUACGUGACACCGUGGUCUGGGGUCUACAUCAAGUUAAAUAAAUAUCACUACGUCUGCAAUUAUCGAUUCAGUGCAACCAAAGUGUAUAGUGCAGUUUUCUUAAUUAUUGUUGUGCUCAAAGGUGCAUUAUACGUAUUCGUAUUAUAUUUUUUUAAAACCCAAAGGGAUAAGUGCCCGAUUGAUUGACUUGACUGCCCCUGAAAAAGGUAAAGGUGUAUAAUAUUGUAUCUGAAGGUAAAGAUUAAUAAUUACAAAUAUUUUUUGGUGAAUUGGCAGUCACUAAGUAAGCGUGUCCUACUUUAAGCUGCAUAGUCGCUUAUCAACAGGUGGGAUUGUGGUCAAACAAGAAACUAUAGUAAAAAAUAUAAUAUAUAAUGAGUGCCAGGAUGUGGUAUACAGCACAGGAUGUAAUGAAUGAUUUGGCAGAGCAUACAGGGAUUAGAAUUGGCGAUUUCGAAGAGGAAUAUAUUGUUAGAGGGGAGAAACCACCACCACCAAGGGCACCUGAAGAAGUUUUAAAUGAUGAGUUUGAGUUACGAUUUGGAAGAGAUGAUGCCCCACCUCCUUCAAGUGGCAACUUAACACCAGAUUUGGCUGGCAUCACGCACAUGCUACGAUUGGUGGACACUUUUGACGCUCCUGGAGACCAAAAGAAAAAAAUAGAAAAAAAUGAAAUACCAAAGGAAACUGCUCUAGAACAGAGUAUAAUUAUAAGCAAAUUGAACCCAAACGUGCAUGAAUUUGUUCCAAAGUCAUUACAGACUGUUAAUCAUGUGAAUAAAACAAUCUUAAAAAAAGAUGAAAGUAACAAUAACAAUGAAAAUAUUGAUAAAGAAACGUUCGCUACGGUGCAUAAUGAGCACGUGAAUGAUAUUGAAGAUACUGAAAAACAUAUGGUGGCUGCUCUUAAAAGUAAAAUUAUUGCAGCUUCUAAAGACAAUAGUUUAGAAAAGAAACGCGACAGAAAUGUCGCUAUAGCUGCACUAGUGCGGCUGAACUCGUCAGCACCAGAGUCGCCAAAGAGGGUUAUUGAACAAUCGGCACAAAGGACACCAAAGCCGACGCAACAGCCCGAAACUACGGACUUUACGAAAACUAUUUCACCAAAACCCAUAGUGCUAUUCACUCCUGAAUAUUUUGUCGGAGCUAGUCGCUCUCCGACGGCGGUAACAAUGGACACAAAACCACCACUACUUACUCCAACCUCGUCAGGUUCUAUAGACUCGUUAGACCCCCAAGUGAAACAAUCUAUAGAAAAGGUUAGCAACUGGCUAAGCGGUCCAGAUAAAAAAGUCGCUAAGAAGCCUAUGGUGCCACUAACGGAACCGAUAUCAUUUAAAAAGAAAGAUUCCGCCGCAACUAUGUCCUCAUGCUCUGAUGUUAGUAAAAAGAAAGAGUCGCCAUAUGCGGCAUUCGUUCCAUCGGAAUAUGCUACACAACUGGCAAAAGCUUAUCGAGCUAAGGAAGAACAAAAAAAGGAAGAACAGAAUAUGGCCCCAAAAACCAUAUGGGAUAAAUUAGAGAACGAUUUGAAAGCUAAGGAUGAAUUAAUUAAAAAACGUAGAAGUGAACAAGCUACAAAUAGUGCAAGCAAUCCAUCUUCUAGUUGUAGUAGCUAAACAUACAUUCUUCAAAGGCUUUAAUUGUAACUAAAUGUUUCUGAUUUAAUAAUUAUGUUAUAUAUUUUUAAAUUAUUAUAUACAUGGUGAAAAAAUGUGCACAUUCCCCCUCCGGUUGAUAGAGGGGCGGCCUAUGCUCAGCAAAGGGACGUAUAUAGGCUAUGUUUUCAGGAUAAUGCUCAAGUUGACAACUCGUGUCCUUUUAGACGCGACAAUUUAUUGAAUUUUAAAAUAUAUUUUUAUAUUACUUUCUGUUAUGAUCUAUCAUUAGCUUUAAGAGAUUCUAUUUUCCCUAUAUAAAAUACUAUUUUACAUUAAUUUAUAAACUAAACUUUAAGCCCAAAAUUUUAUUAUUAUUUGUGAAUGUUCUUAUGGUGUUUUUAGACUACAACUUCCUACACUUUGACGAUCAUUUUACGAAUCAAGAAGACAACCGCGUCCAAUGAUGACAAAACAAGAAUUUGUGUAGAAAUACAAGCGUAUGACGUUAAUAAACGUGGUCGUAGAUGCGUCAUAUUCUUUGUUAUUAUGAUUCGUAGUUAAAAUUGUUAGAUCAGUCAAAAAGAAACAUGAGAUUGAUUUUUCAAGUUCUUGUAGCAUCAUCGGCGGAGGAU